AUGUUAUCGACCGUUGAACUAGCCACGGUUCCGUCGGCCGAUACCCCAGGAGCGUGUAUUCACUUCCACCAUGAGAAGCGAUCCUAUCUCUUUGGACAAGUGGUCGAGGGCACUCAACGCGCCUUUGUCAGCCGCAAGAUCUCCUUGGGAAGAACUGAACAAGUGUUUUUGAGCGGAAGCGUUGGCUGGGAGAAAAUGGGAGGCUUGAUUGGCUAUCUGCUCAGUGUUGGCGGCGCUGUCGAUGCGGCAAAAGAGCAGUCAAAUUCAGACAACAUGCAAAGGAAGCAAAAGGGGAAGAAUUCCCUGAAAAGCCCGUCUCAUCCCGGCAUCGAUGUCCACGGCGCCGACAACCUUUGUCACAUGCUCGCUGCUUACCGAGCCGUCAGUUUCCGACAGUCUGUCAGUGUAAGACCACACGAGUCUAGGCAGGAUCCCCGGAGUGCCGAUCCGACCAACACAGACCCCGACUGGGAGGACGAUGCUAUCCGGGUUUGGAAAGUCCCAGUAAAAAGAGCUCGGUCCAGCAGCCCAACAAAACGCCGACACGAAGAGAUGUCAAACAGCCAUGUGGACCACGACUCGACAGAUUCUCCCCGACCGAAGCGGCAGUCCACACUCUCAGAUCCUGCCGUUGCCGAGAACAUAGUGGAGCGGAUAAUGUUCAGCGGAAGCUUCAAUAGCAGACCAGUGCUGUUACCUCGCAAAGUCCGGCACCUGAAGCCUACCGACAUAGCUGUCUUGCGCAAGGGUGGCAUGUUGAAGCAAUACACUGGGCCCUUUAUCUCAGACGGCCAGGACCUUCCCAAUCCCGACGAGAGAGCCUGGGUAUUUCCGAAACCGGGUGAUAGUGGCGAGGCCGAAAAGAACGUGAGUCCCUUGGCCAUCAACCACUUUCCCUUGGAAAGAACGGCCUAUAGCGAGAUAUCCAUGUCCUACAUUGUCAAGUGUCGCGAUCGAAGGGGCAAGUUCAACGUUGCCGUCGCCAAGGAAUGCGGUGUGGAGCCCGUGGACUUCAAACUACUCAUCGAGGGGCAGCCUGUGGAGGGGAAAAACGGUAGGAUUGUAACUCCGGAGAUGGUGCUUGGGGACCCCAUACUUGGAAAAGGCAUCAUUGUUGCAGACAUUGCGUCCUUGGACUUUCUUGACUCAUUCAUGGAAAGGCCGGAGUGGAGGACGCCAGAGAUGAUGGCAAACAUUUCCGUCAUGUAUUGGAUUCUCGGCUUAGAUCUUGACUCCGAUGUUGCCUCUCGGGAACGGAUAUUACGCUUCACCGAAGAACAUGCCCAGAUGAAGCACGUUUUUUGCUCUCGAGAAACCUGUCCAAACAUGAUUACGCACACUGGAGCCGCGGAAAUCCAAGCCAAGCUACGGCGGAUCGAUCCCCAACGAUUCCCGCUGCCCAAGUUUGACAACCGAGUCCAAUAUUCGGGGCCGCCUUCCGGCUCCCCGGUCGAACUGGGCCGAGCCGGCAUGAAAGUGCAGCUCAUGCCGAGGUUGGUCUUUCACGACCAGGCCGUGGCUCCGUUUCCGGAUCUACUAGGCUCAGCUGCAUCAGUUGAUGGGGAUUUGAUCGCCCUGGCUGAGACGGCCAAGGCGCAAGCUGAGGACCCAGAGUUUCUAGCCAGAGUCGAGGCAAGUGAGAAGGACAUUCCCAACAGAGACGCCGAGAUCAUCCCUCUCGGAACCGGGUCGUCUGUGCCAAGCAAGCAUCGCAACGUGUCGGGGACGUUGAUCCGAGUCCCCGGGGUCGGUAACUAUCUGCUGGACUGCGGCGAAGGAUCACUAGGUCAGAUCCGUCGCCUGUUCCAUCCCGAAGAGGCGGCCGAGGUGCUCCGCAACCUCAGGUGCAUCGUCAUCAGCCAUUUCCACGCAGACCACCACAUGGGCACCGUGUCCGUCAUCAAAGCGUGGUACGAGCAAUCGCUCCGAGACCAAAGCUCCGCCUCCUUGGCCAUCUCCUGCAUCGGCCGAUACCGCGCCGUGCUAGAGGAGAUCUCCCAAGUCGAAGACUUUGGCUUCCAUCGUCUCCGCUUCCCCAACUGCGCCGACACCAACCUUCGGGACGACCGCGACAUCUACGUCGUCGCCGCCAAGGACCUCGGAGAUGAGAACUUUGGUCUUGCGGGCAUCAAGCGCGUUCCCGUGCCGCAUUGCUGGCGCUCCUUUGCCACGGAGCUCGAGCUGGCCUCGGGCUUGCGCAUCGCCUACUCUGGCGACUGCAGGCCCUCGAGCGCCUUCGCGCAGGCCUGCAGGGGCGCGCACCUGCUGGUGCACGAGUGCACCUUUGGCGACGACAAGCAGGACCACGCCAAGAUCAAGAAGCAUUCCACCAUGGCCGAGGCGCUGGGCGUGGCGCGCGAGAUGGAAGCCAGGCGGACGCUGCUGACGCACUUUUCCCAGAGGUACUCCAAAGCGGACUCUUUGAGGAGGGAGAUGGUUGAAGGCGAGGAGCAGCACGUGCUGCUGGCAUUCGACAUGAUGAGGGUGAGGCUGGGAGAUUUCCAGGUGGCGGCUUGCUACGUCCCAGCUGUUCAGCGGCUGAUGGAAACGAUGGAGUAG